CAAACCCACAACCAAAUAAAUUAAUAGUAAAACUCGAUUCUCAAUAUUAUUUUAUAUUCCAUUCAUAAUUAUUUUUUUUGUAUUUGACGCACAUAUAUUCAAAACAAUUAUUUUCUUACAACCAUGGCCAAGAACAAAGUAGCCGCCGGCAAAAUUCAAAAGAAGCCUGUUGCUCCCAUUAUCAAACCCACUGCCUCCGCCAUAGCCGCCGCCACUAAACCGACCAAAUCCAAACAACUAUCCGAAAUCGACGACAUUUUUGCCAAACCCAAACAGCCCAAAGAACAACCCACCACACCCGUUGACACCGUUAUUCUGACUGCAACAAAAUCUAAAUUAUCCUCAAAGUCCUCGGUUAAAGUAAUAGACGCCACACUCACAGAUAAAAUUGCAAACCCCAAAAAGCAAAUGCCACCCCCUAAAGAUGAUGACCCAGCUUUUGCCGAUUCCAAAGGCAAAAACUCAAAGUACACGGAUGAUGGUCUACGCGUGUUCUAUAUGGAGGAUUUGCGCAUAGGUGAGGGUGAGGGCGACACCGAACAGUGCCCGUUCGAGUGCUCUUGCUGUUUCUGAGAAAAAUAAAUAAAUAGAUUUUCAACAGGGGUUUAUAUUAAAGUUUGUCAAUACAAAUAUAGAAACAGAUGUAGA